AUGAAGGCUUCUAACCGCAUGAAGGCCGCUAACCGUAUGGAGGCCGCUAACCACAUGAAGGAUGCCACCCCCCUGCGUAUGCUGAACGACAUGCUCAAGUGCGACCCCGCGAAGAAACACAGGAGCAAAAACAAAGUGCGCGAGCGGCACGCAGAGAAGGAAGUCAACAAAAAGUACCUGAACAGAUCAAAGCAGAUUGGCCACAAAUACAUCGAGCAGGUGAUGAGCGAGUGUGGAGCAGACGACCUUACAAAUGAUUGGGACAGUUUCCACACAGGAGGAAUGCCAAAUGGAUUGAAAGCAUCUCCCACUAUGAGGAAAGAAAAAAAAGAUAUUGAAUUCACCCCUGUGUCUAACGAAGAAAUAGACCCUGUGGCGUGUAAGGUGAAGGGAGGAAAUUUGUACGAAGGCACAGCAGGCGUACUGAACGAAGUGGUAAUCGAGACGGUUAGCAAAACAGGGGAAUGUAUUUACGUGCAGAACUACACAUUUGAAGCGUAUGUGAAGCAAAGGGAACAGGUGGACCAACUGAAUUACCAAAGGGAGUACAUACAAGAAGACAACCGAUGCGACUUGUACAUACGAAACAAUUUGUACAAUCAAUUCCAAAUAGAAAAACAUCAGACGAUAAUCAAUUCAGAUCACAAUAGGUAUAAUAUUAAUGCUAACUUUGCAAAUUACAAGCAUGUGGGAUGUGAAGAGAGGGAAGCGUGUCUUUGGGGAGACACAAAAAGGGGUGAACACCAUAUUGUUGGUGUUACUGAAGGGGGGAAGUGGAAAAGUGGUUCUUCUUGUCGUUCACCUGUGCGUAGCGGUAGGGAUCAGAGGGGGGAAAACACUUUCACAGAAGAAUCCUCUGCUCAUUCAAACAACGCACAAAAUCAAACAAUAAGAGAAGGAUACAUAUUCGAAUCCGAAACGUACGACAGUGAAAACAUGAAAUUGAUACAAAAUAGUUUUAAGUGUAACAUUAGGGAUUUAAAAAAUGGGACCUACGUUGUGACGUAUAACUUGGGCAGGUGCGGCUACUACUACUUGUCCCUAUUGUUCAAAAAAAAAAUCGUUGCGAAUUCCCCGUACCUCAUUUGCAUAAAGCCGAACGUGGCGUACGCCCCCAACUGUGUGGUGUACAAAAGGGUGAGCGGUGGGAUGGUCUUCCCGAAGAUCAAAAGGGUGGAAGGGGGAAAAGAACGGAAAUUAUUACCCACAGGUCAAGGGUUCAACCAAAUCUAUAACGAUUCCCUAUGUGCAAACUCGUUUGAAUUAGCCCACUCCGAUUUUUGUGAAUGGGAAGAGCGUAGCAGCGGCUCUUCCUCCUCGGAGGGGCUCCUGUCCGACGGCGAGCGACAGCGCCGCAUGGGCGGACACGAUGAACAAGUAGGUGAAGAAGAAGAUGGAGAAGACCCCCCCAUGCACAUUUUCAAAUGCGACGAUGGAAGGCACGAUGAGACGCACAAGCAGUAUGAUAAUUUCUUCAUCCAAAGUUACGACGCCUACGGGAAUGCCAUCUCAGAAGGAGGCGACUCCUUUGAGGCGAACGCCCUCGGAGGGGUUAAAAUCGUUAGGGUCAACGACCUGCAAAAUGGCUCGUAUGAAGUUAUAUACUCCUACAUAAGGUCAAAAAUGGCAACAGAUGAAGAGAAAGGUCCAAUCCCCUACAAACAAAUAAACGUAACGCUAAACGGAUUGCAUGUGAAGGGCUCUCCAUUCAGAAUUGUUCACAAAAAUGAUAAACAAAUGGGUUACUUACAAAGAAUAAAAAACUUACUGCCCAUAGAUGAGGUGAACCCAGUGGACCCUGUACGCAGUCUGCACAGCAUAAUGCAGUCUUAUCGGUAUGUGAAGGAAAACUACCUGGAUGAGCACAAAGAAAGGUAUUUUAUACAAUUGAGUCCGUACUACCAGAGGGAGGAGCUGAACAAAAUACUUCGCAAGGUGGACCCUAAUCUCGUAUCCCUCAUGUCCAUACCGUUGCGGCAACAACUACUUAACCAUGUGAUGCAUAUGAAUAACGACACCAAAAUGGUAAAGUUGAAACAGGUCCUCUUUAAAGAGCUUUUCGUAACCCUAGGGAAGAUGGUAAACUGCGCGAGUAGCUACUUUGAUCAAGUGGAACAGGACAAAGUAAACCUUCUACACGACAGACGCACACAAGAUGUGAGCAUCCGAGAAGCUAAUGCAAUGUAUGAAUCUUUGAAGGAGAAGAAUGUCCACUCAUUACCUUUCGACUUUUCCAUUAAGGAUAUGAAAUUGUACGAAGAGAAGUUGGCUCUUAAAAAGAAAGAGCUACUAGAGAAACAGACUCAGCUGAUAAACAGGUACAACUCCAUCAAAGGUAGGGAGAAGAAAUUUUACGAGGAGAGGGAACAGAUCACCAACCAACUUACUCAAAAGUAUGAGUUACACCAGGCCAUAUAUGAGCAUUCCCAUCGGGCUUUGAUUCACACCAACGGCGCCUUGAAGAAAAUUACCAUCAGCAAUAUUAAGCGCAACUGCUCCGCGGAGCGACGUGUGCUCGGCGGCAACGUGGGCCCUGAUGCGGCCGCGGCAGAUUUGAAGCGGCUAUUAUAG